AUGCGCGCCAGGACGCCGGUGGUCACGGAAGCCGGCUCCGAUGAUGUGCCAGCAGCCCUGAGGCUCCGGGAUGGUCGUCUGGCUACAGAGUCGGGCUGGGCACCGACCACACCACGUCCACUAGAGACCUGGGGAGGCAGAGCCCUGGGCCUCGUGAGCCACGGCAGGUGGGAGAAGGCGGGGUUUAAGGGACGCCCAGAGGGAGGAGCUAGGACCCCCAGGAUCCUUGUGCGCUCCUCCCGGCAGCCUCCAGGGGGCGCUCCGACCCGGCUUCCGGAUGUGACGUCAUUAGUCUUCCGCAGAGGAGGCCUGAGGGACGGGACGGACUCGGUGUCUGACGCCGGAUUCAGGUCACCCGCCACCCCUGUAGUCAUGCCUCCUCAUCCCAGGAAGCGACAGCGCUACAUGCUCGAGGAAGGCCUUCCGGCCCUAACGGAGACCCAGGGCCUCGUGGGUGCACAGGACCCUGGGGCGACAGAAGAGGGCCCUGAGUGUGCCUGCCCCUCCCCCACUGCCUCUGCCUCCGUGCCAUCCACACAAUGCGAUGGUGGCUCCGGCAGCACAGUGGAGGAGGGUCUGCGCACUUCACAGGUCCCUCCAGAAACCGGAUCCGUUACCAGUAUCGUGAUUAACGACAAGACAGCUCAGCUGGUGGCCUUCCUGCUCCUCAAGUACCUUGCCGGGGACUCAACCACGAGCGCGGAGAUGCUGGAGGUGCUGGGCCUGGAUCACCAGGACCAGUUCCCUGUGAUCUUCAGCUGCGUCUCCGAGUGCUUGCAGCUGGCCUUUGGCAUCGACGUGAAGGAAGUGGAUCCCAGCGACCACUCCUACAUCCUGGUCUCAGCCACAGGCCUCACCUACCGCGGGCAGCUGAGCUAUGAGCAGAGCCUGCCCAAAAGCGGCCUCCUGCUGUUUCUCCUGACCAUAAUCUUCAUGGAGGGUGGCUCAUUCCCUGAGGGAAGGGUGUGGGAAAUGCUGGGUGUCAUGGGGAUAUUUCCCGGGAGGGAGCACUUCAUCUUCGGGGACCCCAUAGAGCUCAUCAUUGGGGUCUGGGUGCAGGAGCAGUACCUGGAGUACCAGCAGGUGCCCGACAGCAAACCCGCUCGCUUCCACCUGCUCUGGGGCCGCAGAGCGCACAUGGAGACCCACAUGGUGAAAGUCGUGGAGUUUAUGGCCAAGGUCAAAGAUAGCACCGGUAAUUCCUGUCUUCCCUGGUAUGAGGAAGCUGUGAGAGAUCAGGAAGGGCCAGGCCAGGCUAGCAUUGCUGCCGCAGAUGAUGCUGCCGCCGUGGCCGGUGCAAGUUCUAGUGGAACGUCCCCUGGCUUCUGCCCUGAGUGA